AUGUCUCGGCAAUCCUCCAUAACUUUCCAGACCAGCAGUCGCAGGGGCUUCACCAGUGCCUCAGCUACCACCCCAGCAGCUGGACGCUCCCGCUUCAGCUCUGUCUCAGUGGCUCACACCUCGGGGGGCAGCAGAGGGCUGGGAAGGAUCAAUGGUGUUGGGGCCAGCUUCGGAAGCUGCAGUCUCUACAAUCCGGGGGGUACCAAACCGAUCUCAAUUGGUGAGUGCAGCAGCAAUUUCCAAAGUGGCUUUGGCAGCAGGGCUAGCAAUGGGUUUGGAUUUGGAAGUGGGGUCAGCAGUGGAUUUGGCUAUGGGGGUGGGGCUGGAGGGGGCUUUGGGAGCACUGGCUUUCCCGUCUGUUCCUCUGGUGGCAUCCAAGAAGUCACCAUCAAUCAGAGUCUCCUGACCCCUCUCAACCUGCAAAUCGACCCCAUCAUCCAGCAGGUGCGGAAGGAGGAGCGGGAGCAGAUCAAGACUCUCAACAACAAGUUUGCCUCCUUCAUUGACAAGGUGCGGUUCCUGGAGCAGCAGAACAAGGUCUUGGAAACCAAGUGGAACCUGCUGCAGGAACAGGGCUCCAAGACUGUGAGGCAGAACCUGGAGUCCCUCUUUGAGGACUACCUCAAUGGCCUCCAAAGCCAAGUGGAAAAUAUCACCAUUAAGAAGGACAGGCUAGACACUGAGAUGAGGAACGUGCAGGAUAUCAUGGAGGAUGUCAAAGUCAGAUAUGAAGAUGAAAUUAACAGGCGCACGGCUGCUGAGAAUGAACUUGUGGCUCUGAAGAAGGAUGUGGAUGCUGCCUGCAUGAACAAGGUGGAGCUGGAGGCCAAGUUCAAUGCCCUGACCGAGGAGAUCAGCUUCUUCCACAUGCUCUAUGAAACAGAGCUGUCCCACAUGCAGACUCAGGUCAGCGACACGUCCGUGGUCCUCACCAUGGACAACAACCGCUGCCUGGACCUGGACAGCAUCAUCACCGAGGUUAAGGCCCAGUACGAGGACAUCACCCACCGCAGCCGGGCUGAGGCUGAGUCCUGGUACCAGACCAAGAUGACUGCAGGUCACAGCAACGACCUCCACAACACCAAACACGAGAUCUCUGAGAUGAACCGCACGAUCCAGAUGCUGAGAGCUGAGAUUGGCGGCAUCAAGAAGCAGUGCUCCAACCUGCAAACGGCCAUCACUGAUGCAGAACAGCGUGGAGAACUGGCCCUCAAGGAUGCACAGGCCAAGCUGGUGGGCCUGGAGGAGGCCCUGCAGAAGGCCAAGCAGGACAUGGCGUGUCUGCUGCGUGAGUACCAGGAGCUGAUGACCAUCAAACUGGCCCUGGAAGUGGAGAUCGUUACCUACGACAAGCUGCUGGAGGGCGAGGAGUGCAGGCUGAAUGGAGAGAGUGUUUCUCCAAUUAACAUCUCUGUGGUCACCUCCUCCAUUUCCAGUGGCUACGGGAGUGGCAGCAGCAUUGGAGGUGGAAGCCUGGGUCUCAGUGGGCGCAGCAGCUACUCCUUCACCACCAGUGGUGGGCACAGCCUGGGUGCAGGACGGGGGAGCUCCGGCUUCAGUGCCAGCAGCAGCCGGGGCCUUGGGGGCAGUGGCUCUAGCAUCAAAUUUGUCUCCACCACUUCCUCCAGCCAGAAGAGCUACAAGCACUAA